UCUCCAUCCUCCAGGUUGCCCCUCUGUCUGACUGACUGCCCAGCAAGAAAUGUUGGCAAAACACCCCCUCCUCAUCGUGUAGAAAAAAAAUGGCGGACAAGCGCUAAAUCCACAUCAGAAACAAACACACACGUUACAAAGCAAGACGGAAAAACAAGGAGCGGGCCGCUUUAAUUUGGACGCCAGCCCCUUUGGCGGAGGAAAAAGGCGCACUUCUAUUGAAAAGGAAAUCAUCCGGAGAGGAGAAGCGCUGCGAAACGGUUAUGAAGUUUUAAGAGUGAAGCCUACUGUCGCAUUGUGAGCUUGGUCAGUAUUGCUGGAGCAUGAGGAAACCUGUGCCACAGAAAUCUAUAGAGUGGAAGGAUGCCAGAAGGAUCAAGCAUGCCCGGAGCGGACGACCCUCCAGGGUGCCCUCACAGUACCAAGGGCAUUUUAGUUGGGAGAAAUACUUGAAAGAGACGGGUGCAAUCGCCGCACCUUCCUCUUGCUUCAGGCAGAGUCUCACACCUCCACUUAACGAGUUCAAGGCAGGGAUGAAGCUGGAGGCCCAGGACCCGCGAAACACCACAUCCACCUGCAUCGCCACAGUGGUGGGCCUGACAGGCUCAAGGCUGCGGCUACGCUUGGACGGGUCCGACAACAAGAAUGACUUCUGGCGUCUGGUGGACUCCUCAGAGAUCCAGCCAAUCGGCAGCUGCGAGAAGAAUGGAGGCAUGCUGCAGCCACCACUUGGUUUUCGUCUCAAUGCAUCCUCCUGGCCCAUGUUCCUUCUGAAAACACUAAAUGGAGCUGAGAUGGCACCCUCUCGCAUCUUUCACAAGCAGGAGCCUCCCGCACCGGAGCAGAACUCCUUUCAGGUAGGCAUGAAGCUGGAGGCGGUCGACCGUAAAAAUCCCCACUUUAUCUGCCCGGCAACAGUGGGAGCUCUGCGUGGCGUCGAGGUGCUGGUCACCUUUGAUGGCUGGCGGGGGGCCUUUGACUACUACUGCCGCUAUGACUCGCGUGACAUCUUCCCUGUUGGCUGGUGCAACCUCACCGGAGACAACCUUCAGCCGCCUGGCACCAAAGUACUGUUGCCUAAGAGCCUUGGGGCACUGACAGACGGGAGUGUGGAGAACCCAGCCAUGCACCCCGCCCCCACGGUGGGCAGACCUCCAGGUCAGAGAGGACGCAAGCCAGGUCGCAGGAAAACCAAGGUGACGGGGCCCUGGAGUCAGAAGAGCUCAGUGUUGGGACCGCAGAGCAUCCAACCUGGCAAAGGAGGCCUGGAGCCCAUCAAGGUCCCCAAGAAACGAGGGCCCAAGCCCGGCAGUAAGUUGGGCUGGGCCAAGAGAGCUGGCUGGCUGGAAGAUGUGAUGGCUGGCCCAGGACGGCCAGUGACAGGUCCAGGGCGAACCAGGGGCAGACUACCUGCCAACUGGGCACAAAGGAUAGCUCUGCAGCAGGCCCAGACUCAGGCAGAACCUAUCAAGAUCCCAAAGAAAAGAGGACCCAAGCCAGGCAGCAAGAGAAAACCACGCGUGGUACCUAAUCCAGUUCCCACGUCUCCCACCAGCAGCACUCCAGAGCCUGACACCAGCACUGUGCCUCUGGACAAUGCUACCAUCCCCAACUCUGCACUACAGGCUCCCACAGUUUGUGUUUACCUUAACAAGUACGGCAAGGUGGGACCCCAUCUGGACCAGCGGCGUAUCCAGCAGCUCCCAGACCACUUUGGGCCAGGACGGGCCUCUUCGGUGCUUCAGCAGUGUGUUCAGGCGUGUGUGGACUCAGCCCAUAACCAGGGCACGGUCUUCACCUGCCUCAAGUCUGGACAAGGAGGCGAAGUCAUUUCAGCUUACUUUGACCAGCAGCAGCACACCCUGACUCUGCCCACAGUCAGCAGUGUCACCUACGUCCUGCGCUUCCUGGAAAAACUGUGCCACAACCUUCACUGCGAUCCUCUGUUUGGCAGCCAGCCUGUAGCGAGAGGAGGCCUACACUACGACAGUCACACGUACGCUGCAGAGAGGAGAAAUUUCGGAGACGGUCUGACAACGGGCCCAGGACGAGGCACCAAGCGGUUCCUCCAAGACUACAACAGUACUCUGCCUCAGAAACUGGCCAAAAUCCCCCGGCACUCCACUGAUGGCGAGUCCCUCGUGGAGAACAGUGUUGUCGUAUCAGAGCACUUACAGAAGAGUCCUCUCUAUCCAAACUCUACAGCACAAUCUCCUGGCCUGAGGUCUCCCUCCAAGCUGCUGCAUCACAAUAACUCUGGAGGCUCGGGCAGUUUUCGGGAGAGCCCGAGGCCCAGCGGUCAGGACCCCAACCUGUGGACGGUGGAGGACGUCAUGCAGUAUAUCAGAGAUAUCGACCCAGUGCUGGCCCCACAUGCUGACCUUUUCAGAAAACACGAGAUUGACGGCAAAGCGCUCCUGUUGCUGCGUAGUGACAUGAUGAUGAAAUACAUGGGCUUGAAGCUCGGCCCUGCCCUCAAACUCACCUUCCACAUCGACAAGCUCAAACGGGCUUGAGCAGCUCAAGCGACCAGCUGUAGCCUUCCAACGGACUAAAGUCAAUCCCCUGUCCCUGUUCUAGGAUCAGUAUAUCACACAUUACAUAUUGGACAUAUUCUGACCAUUUACACGUAGCAGCUUCCAUCAGACAGCCGUAUUUGGUAUUAUAUACCCUUGUUUUGACCUCAUUCGAUGGGGGAUGUUUAUUUUGUGUAGCACAAUCCAGCCCUAAGGCAGCAUGGGAUAUGUAGGAUACCCACUUGUUCAUCAUCUGUUUUGCAUUUCAGUAUAACUUGAAGAGUCAUAUGUGGCCAUUUCAACUGUAAAGGGCUUUUUUGGCCUGCUUUUUAUUAUGUUACAUCUAUUCUGUACAUUUCAUAUUUUGUAUUUCAUGGAUAUAUGGACUUGUAUUUUUGCCUUUUUCAACGGUGUGUGUGGGAUAUGCUAAAGGAAAGAAAACCCUAAAGGAAGAAAAGAAAGCACUACAUUCAUCCCAAUAGUUGGGAAUACUUCUGAGUAAUGUCUCUGUUUGAGACACAAUUUUGCAACUACAACAAUAUUAAUUAUGGGAAGAAAAACAUGUUUUAUGAAAGGAAAAAAAACACUUUAUUCUAAAAAUACUGCCAUGACGAAGUCGGUUUUUUGUCUCUUAUUCUGGAUGUUGUUUACAAUGCUUUGUCUUGUCUUUGUUAUUUGUACUUUUUUAAUUUUUUAUACUAUAUUAUUAGAGUUCCUACAUGGAGAGCCCUAUCAUACUUAACACUGUUCAAUAAAUAUAUAAUAAUUCAAUUGC